CUGCACCUCGUGAUGGUAAUGAUCGUCGGCGGAGGGAACGGACUGGUAAAAUGAGCGCAGGCGUUUAAAAGCGAACCAGAGAAACUCGUCUGCGGACCUGAACACACCGGAGAGGGGGGCAUGGUCGGCCGGCUAUGAGACAGCAGGAGCCAUGGCGGGCUGGCACCGGGAAACCGCCUCAUCGGUCGGCGUGUUGUUGUUGUUGUUAUUGCUGUUGUCGGCAUUGAGCUCCGGGAGACCGCAGAAGAAAUGUCCCGGAGACAAGCCCUGUCAGUCCUCGAGACCCCCCGUCGUCCUCAUUCCAGGAGAUCUGGGGAACCAGCUGGAGGCGAGGCUGGACAAGCCCAGCGUGGUCCACUACAUCUGCUACAAGAAGACCGACACCUACUUCACUCUGUGGCUCAACCUGGAGCUGCUGGUUCCGGUGGCCAUCGACUGCUGGAUCGACAACAUCAGGUUGAUCUACAACAGAACCACUCACACCACCUCGGCGCCACCCGGCGUCGACGUCCAGGUCCCGGGCUUCGGCCAGACGUUCUCGGUGGAGUUCCUGGACCCCAGCAAACGUAGCGUGGGCAUGUAUUUCUUCAGCAUCGUGCAGGCGCUGGUGGAGUGGGGCUACACCAGGGGCGACGACGUCCGAGGGGCGCCCUACGACUGGAGGAAGGCCCCCAAUGAGAAUAAAGAUUACUUUCUGGCGCUGCAGCAUAUGAUCGAGGAGAUGGCGGAGAAGGCCGGCGGGCCCGUGGUGCUGGUCGCCCACAGCAUGGGCAACAUGUACACGCUGUACUUCCUCAACCAGCAGCCGCAGGCCUGGAAGGACCGCUACAUCAAGGCCUUCGUCUCUCUGGGACCACCGUGGGCCGGCGUGGCCAAGACCCUCCGAGUCAUUACCUCGGGUGACAAUAAUCGCAUCCCAGUGAUCAGCUCGCUGAAGAUUCGCGGUCAGCAGCGAUCUGCUGUUUCCACCAGCUGGCUGCUCCCCUACGCUCAUUCCUGGCCCAAAGAUCAGGUCUUGAUCCAGACGCCCAAAACCAACUACACUGUGCAGGACUACCAGCGGCUCUACAAGGACAUCGACUUCGAGGACGGCUGGCUGAUGCGGCAGGACACCGAGUCGCUGGUGGCCGACCUGACGCCGCCCGGAGUGGAGGUCCACUGUCUGUACGGCACCGGCGUUCCCACGUCCGAGGCCUUCCAGUAUUCUGACAAGUUCCCCGACGUGGAGCCCACGGUGCUGUACGGCGACGGCGACGGGACGGUGAACCGGCACAGUGCCAUGCAGUGCCAGCGCUGGGCCGGCAAGCAGAAGAAGAACGUGACGCUGAAGGAGCUCCCGGGGAACGAACACGUCAACAUGCUGACAAACUUCUCGACCGUGGCUUACAUCAAGACCGUGCUGUUCGCUCCGUGACGCCGGCACGGAGGCGGCAUCAUGCUCACACAGUGUAAUGCAUAAGCUCUGUACUGACAGACAGGAACCGACUCACCUCACCUGCCUCUCCGAGAACACUGACUGCCAAAUACCCCUCCCUGUUCACACAGCAUCGCUCGAAUGAAAGUGUUAAAGUUUUAUAGGACAGAGGUAAAUUUUAAAUAAAUUUUUUAGCUGCGAUCCUACAGUUUACGUUGAUGUCAGGUUGUUUACUACCGAGCAAGCCAAAAUGCAACGACUUUUGUAAUGGUGUCAGAUUUUAAAGAUUUAACCUUCUUCACCCACACGUGCUCCGAUAAAGGACGGACGGUCAAAGCGCAGGGAUACACUGUUUGUGCCACUCGAUCAAAGUUUAGUAACGUUGUGAAAGAGAUUCCUGAGCUCCUCUGACUGAAAUCUAGUUAAAUAGAAGCUACAUGUUAAAGCACAUUAUUAUUAUCUCUGAGUGCGACUAAAACUUUUUCUUUAUGGGAACAGCUUGCGUCAUGUUUUUGUAAUUUGGUUUUUGUUAAUUUUUUCUGCACGUAUCUGAGCUGUGAGUCCCCGAUGGUGGAUUUCAGUGUCGUAUUGUCGUGAACUUGCUUUUUCAGGAGCUUUAAAACACAUUUUUGGCACUUAAUCAAUGAAAUGAUGCAGUUAAAAGUGCUAGAAGAGGCGAGCUAGUGGACUUUAAGAUGUGUAUGUGUCAAAUGUAGUUUUUGAUUUAAAAGUAGAAAGACUGUCAGAAAGACGUCUACUCUCUCAACUGCGUCUCAUGAAGAAGCUCAUGUAAAUCAGCUGAAAGCACGAGAAAAUCAAGUUCCUGUUUAGUCAAAUUACACUUUCUGAGGUCUAAAAAAGGGCUUUUACAGUCACAUUUUUAACAGUUUAGAGAAAUUAGUCAUUUUAAAUCCUGCUCCCGGUUGUUUGUUCGCUAAAAUGAAAAGUGAUGGACCUCCUUCAGUGUUUUAUCGUCUAAAUUCUGACAUUUUAAACUUUAUUCAGCGUAGGAAUCAUGGAUUGUACUUCAGCGUGGCCACCGUGCACUCCUGCAUAUCAAUCACGAGGGACCAUCUUCCUUUCUUUUCCCCAUGUCGCCGGUUCCGAUGGCGUUUUCCCUGGAUUUAGUCGGAACCCGGCUGGAAUCGACGUCGCGAUGAGGAUCUUUUCUCGGAUGUGUCGUGUUUUGUAAAACGAGUGAUUGUAGCGCGCCACGCAGCCCCCGCAGGGCCGACCAACGUCAUCUCACACCUGCUGUGAUCUAUCAUGAACGUGUCAUAAACAUGUGUUGCCUUCUAUACAAUAAAAUAUUUCAAAUAUUA